AUAUAUUCAGUUUCUCCCGUUCAAUUCUGCACAGUCGAAAACGACCGCAAUAUUUCAAAACUACAACCACCAUUUCUGGAAGGUGAAGUAGCCUACAACUAAUGCUCGUUGGUUCGUUGGACCCGACACUAGAUCAUCGGUGUUACGAUGGCCAGAAGGGAGCACACAAAACGGUGGCUCGGUUACCUAGUGGUAUUCUACUGCAUAAUGACCAAGGAAAUAGCUACACAACCCAUCUACACUUCUGUUACAGGAAACGCUAACGACGCUCUCAUUGUUUCAAGUGAGCUAGUUUACCUGCAACUCCGACAGACACAACGUGUACCGUGUGGAAAGCAGACGGGCUUCACCUCUGACGUCAUCUCUGCCACGUGGUACGAUACCAAAAAAAAUGAAAUCAUUCGAAUUGUAGCAGACCCGAACGACGGGAGCAAUUUCACGUCUCCGAAGUACGAAGGGAGGGCUUCAUUCACCAAAGGGUUCGACCUGACCCUCAGGGGUGUCAAUGAUGGGGAUACUGGAAGUUACAAGUGCGAAAUUAUCACAGCUACUGAUCAAGUGAAUUAUAAAGUUGAAGUUACCGUUAUUGAUAAACAACUUCCUAAACGCUCAGCAGUGCGAUCAGUCUCGCAGCUCCUCCGAGCCGGCAAGAACACCGUCCAUUGUCCGGUUUACAACAGAUCCAUCACGAGACCAACCAUUUAUUACUCAAUUCGACGUGACUUCAUCAGAAGUACCACCGAGAUCCUGGUUUCCCGCUUCUCAGACGGCUCAGUUUUAUUGCAAGAUUCGACCUUUGACAUCCAACGAGACGCCAACUACUCGUUGGUUAUCAGAAAGCCAGAGACAGCGCCUGCGGAGUUGUUGAUAUGGUGUCACGUGUCCUCUGACGUAGAUGGGGUCAAUCUGAUGAGUGGUUUCGUCAAUGUAACUCAAUUUCAACCGGCAGAAACUUCGAAUUCUAUUUGGAUAGCUCUUAUGUGUUUAGUGGUGGUCAUUUUAAUCAUCCUAUGUGUGGCUGCCGUGUUUUACAAGAUGAGAUGGAAGACUACAUAUCUUUCUUCUCUCAGCUCCGAAGAGAUGGUUCCUUUCAACCAAGAAAGCCCAAUCAACAACGAAAGCUGUGGAGAUUACAAACUAAAGGACGUGAUUCAAAAAGGAGGCAAGAAGGGAAAAGUGCUGAAUGACGUCUUCUCCUCAUUAAGAUUGGUGACGGUUGCGGGUAAUGGUGAUUUGGUGAUGCUAGACGGUGAAGGAAUUCGAGUCAUGUCAAAGAAAUACUACAAGAAAGUCAGGUUCCAGAUACAGGCAGAUUUAAUCAAUGAAUAUGUUGCCAUAGCAGCCUCGAAAAGACAAGCUGGGGAAGUACUCGAGGCAAGAAAGAGCGGUAAGAUUACAUGGCAUGACAACAGCAGUGGGAAGGAGGUUGAGAUCCCAGGUUGCAGCAAUCAAACCCCUGGAGAGAUAAGCGAUAUGGAUGUGGACGAUAUGGGAACCAUAUACGUUGCCGACAUAGUUAAGAAUGUGAUUUAUUCUUAUAGCGUGGAUGGGUCGUUCAAGUCAUCGUUUGCAGUUAAAGACUCACCGAAGUGUAUCAGCGCUUGCGAGGGUGGCAUUUUAUAUGUUUUAUUUGGGACUAGGAUUAAGAGGGGCGAAGGGUAUGACAUCGAAGGGGGCACCAUUAAGAAGUACACCAACGGCACACAGGGUGACUAUGACAUAAAGUGUCCAACAUAUGAUAAUAUUGUGACGACUGGUUUGUACUCCAGCAAAACGUCCCUGUAUGUUUUAACCAAAAGUGCGGGGUCUGAUAAAGCUGAAGCAAGCGCCAUACUUCAGUUUUCAGCGUCGGAUGGUCACCUCCAACGCCGUAUCAUCGAAGCCUGGCCAGGAAUUCUAGGCAUAGUUUUCAUCAGGGGUGAUGAUGAACUGGCCUUCUUUGAUUCCAAAGAAGUAAAAGUUUAUCAAAGGCAGAAAGUGAUGAGGAAAAAAGCCAAGAAGAGAAGAUAGUUCUUCUCGUAUUGUCUGAAGGGGUUGGAAAGAGGAAAGAGCCACAACAGAAAAUGAAAAUCAUAUAAAUUUACAAUUUUUUAUAUACGAACUCUUUGAUUUGUUGUUUUUGUCAUCGCAAAUUUUUUAAUAUUCUGGUAGCUUUCAGCAAACAUUAUAAAUACACAAUAUAAACAAUUUUGGAUCCUGCUAGUUGAACUUUUGACUUUUACUUUUCAUGUUUACUCUAUAUUAUUGUUAUAUCACUAAAGGUUAAAUGUUUAAUAACUUCUCCUGCUUAUACAAUUCGGACAAGUGUCAAACGUAAAUGUUUAUUUUCGAAUAAUAGUUUUUCGGACUUGAUAAUUAUGUUAGGUUGGACACAAUGUGUUGGACAUAAGCUUUGCUGGUGUCGAAAUUUGCGGUAUGGGCUUUUCUGUAAGCACAAAAAACAUGAUAAUCACAGAAAAGUAUUGCUUAACAGAAAUAGGUUACCAGCCAAAAUUAUUCUAAGUUGACAUGAAUGGGACUGGUGUCCAACUCAUUUUUUUUAUAACUGCAAGUUCUAGAGGGCAGGAACAGAAUUGUGUGCUACGCGUUAGAAAUUAGCUGUGACUGUUAUUUGAUUAGCAGAGAAAACUGCUGAGCAAAAUUUCUGCUCAACCCUCGAACAAGUCGCCACUGUGAGAGCUCUCACUGACCAAUUGGUUUUUUAUCUGCCACAUCCGGGGAUAAAAAUCCACUGGACCUGCUAUUUCAGUUUAUCCUGUACUGGGGCAUC